AUGGGAGACAUGGAGGUGAGCAAUCACAGCAUGGUCAAAGAAUUCAUUCUCCUUGGAUUUCCCAUAGCUCCUCGCUUGCAGAUUCUGUUUUUUGCAAUAUUUCUCAUUGCAUAUCUCUUAGUUUUAGCAGAAAAUAUUAUCAUCAUCCUGACUGUCUGGACAAACUAUAACCUCCACUCCCCUAUGUAUUUCUUUCUGAGUAAUUUGUCCUUCCUGGAGAUCUGGUAUGUGACAGUCACGCUCCCCAGGACAAUGCUGAGCUUUGUGUCAGUGUCAAAGCAAAUCUCCUUCAUGGGAUGCAUGACACAGCUGUACUUCUUCCUCAGCCUGGGCAACACUGAGUGCCUUCUCCUGGCUGUCAUGGCAUAUGAUCGCUAUGUUGCAAUUUGCAAGCCUUUCCAUUACUCUACUAUCAUGAGACACACUGUCUGUGUCUACCUUACUAUGGGAUCUUGGUUGACUGGUUUCUUAAUUUCUGGAUGCAAAGUGUUUUUUAUCUCUCAGCUAACAUACUGUGGACCCAAUGUAAUCAACCAUUUCUUCUGUGAUGUUUCUCCUCUCUUGAACUUAGCCUGCACAGAUAUGGAAAGAGCUGCUUUUAUGGAUUUUGUGGCUGCCUUAUUUAUUCUCCUGAUGCCUCUCUCCAUAGUAAUCCUAUCCUAUACCUAUAUUAUCUUCACUGUCCUUCACAUUUCAUCCGUACAAGGUUGCCAAAAAGCCUUCUCCACCUGUGCCUCCCACCUUAUAGUGGUCAUUGUCUUCUAUGCGACAAGCAUUUUCAUCUAUGUGAGGCCCAAAACACUUCCAGUUCAUGACACAAACAAAAUUGUGUCUGCUCUCUACGCUGUUGUUGUUCCUCUCUUCAAUCCCAUCAUUUACUGCCUGAGGAACCAGGAAAUCAAGGAUGCUGUCCAAAAGAUCUUGUUCAGAAAGAGUUUCCUUGCAGAAACAUUAGCAGGUUUAAUGACAGAAAAGAAGAGAUUGUAUAGGUAA